UUCCUGAAGCAGGGACCAGAACUACUGUGAUUAUCUCCUAUGCAGCAGCACCGUCCUCUCUGCUCCUUUUGAAGUCUCCCUCCUUCUCUCUUGGCACACUUGCUUCCAAGGACUCGAAUGUCAUUGACUUUAUCAUCUAUUCGGUGGUGGCCUUUCAAGUGAGCAAAGGUUAUUUUCAGGAUUUGAAAAGAGCUGGGGACUUGAAGCACCUUCCAAUUGAAGGCUUCACAGGACACCUUCCUAAAACCUCAUCUCGUGUAGCUUCGUAACCUCAACCUACCUGGAUUUGUUUCAAGGACGAGAGAUUUUUGCCAGUUUGAUCUAGUAAAGAAAAGGCACCUACGACUCUUGCCAGGGGGUGGAAUUUAAGUUGAAAAAAAGGUGUAUUGUGGUGAAAGACACUAGUUUGUUGUUCGAGAUACAAAGUAAGGCAAGAAAGGAACAGGCUGACACAUGGAAACUUUGUCUUAAAGAUCUAAGAAAUUAUCCUAAGGUCCUUCAUUUGUCGAGGUACUCUUGGCAACUGCUUCAUCUGCAGGAAGGAAGCACCAUGAUGUUCCUCCUCGUUAUCUGUUCUGCUCUACUAACGGCAGGUGCUGCCCUGGAAUGUGAAGUUUGUGUUUCGCUCAACUCAAAUAGUUGUUCUGGUCACUAUGAGCUCUGUAAAUCUCCACAAAGUCGCUGUUUGGUGACCCUCACCGAGACAACUCUAAAAGAUGGGAAUGGAGAAAUGAAAAGUGCCGUCCUGGAGAAAUCCUGUGGAAGUUUCUAUAAUUGCAGUCAUCCAGCGACACUAACCACAGAGAAGUUCCGUGUGAGAGUGACCACAAUGUGCUGUAAUCAGGACUAUUGCAACAAAGGCCCCAUGGACUGGAAACAAACAAAUUCCACAGUUAAUGGAGUGAGCUGUCCAUCGUGUUUUGAAAAAAAUUCUCAAUCCUGUGAUGUUAAAACCCACAUAAACUGCACGGGAGACGAAAUGCAUUGCGUUCAAUAUUUAGCCUCCAGGAAAGAAGGAUCUACUAUCACAGUGGCUGGUUGCGCCUCAGAGAGCAUGAAGAAAUCUGAAGGGAGGGCAGCGUUCCAGGGAUCCUCAGUCACCGUACAUGGGAUGAAGAAUACAAACAAUGGGGAGUCUUUGAGAACCAACUCAUUUCUGCUGCCAUUCCUGGCUGUGCUAACCACUGUAUCAAUACUUUUACAAUAGGGACAUGACUUGACCAUAAUGACUUUUUGAAUUCUUCAUUGCAUAGUUUUUAUUUGUCCCGAGAACACCUUACUUAUCUCUUGUAGACAUACUGUUUAUGUACUAUUUACUGUUUAUGUACUAUGAUUUACUGUUUUAUAAAGUUUCCAUGAAAAACAAAGACGUAGAACCUAAAGCACAGAUUCACACUUCUAUUUCUGUAGGACCACAUCCAAGAAGCUUUGUAUUCUUCCACAAAUGGACACCAUUAGUAUUGUUGAGUGAUGUAAGUCAAUCUACUGGUAUGAUAGUUGUGAAGACGAUAAGCAUUGGCACAGAAUUGUAACUUUUUGGACAGUCAGUACUUGUCCAGUCCUAUGUAUAUGUGUACUGAUACUACUUAUACCAUGCAUUGCUAUCAAACAUAAAGAGUAUGUAAGACGCAAAUAUAAUGUGACAAAUGUAUAUAUUCUCUACAGAUUUUUUCAUUAAAAGACUAAUCAUA